AUGGCCAACCCGCUCCCCUCCGCUCCCCCCCGCCCCAUCACCCCCACCGGCACACCCCCCGGCACACACACCAUCGAUCGCGCAGACAGAGAGACUUUCCACGACUCCCUGCCCACCCCCCCGCCCUCUCGCCGCCCCUCCUUCCUCUCCUCCCUCGCCAGCCUCCCCUUCUCCUUCUCCCCCUCCAACUCGAUCCCGAGCACCCCCGCCUCCACAUCGACUACCCACUCCCGACGUGAAUCGUUCAACCAUGGCCUCGGAUUCGGCAUGACCCCUGCCUCCAACGCGAGCGCUGUCGUCGACGACCACGAGGACGCGCGCGGGCACGCGAAAAAGCGGAGUCUGAGUAUGCUCGAUCGAGCACUUCCCUCCGGGCGGGAUGUGCCCCACCUCCCUCCUACGGCGGCUCAUCCCGAUCUCCCUGCCGCACAGCCCCAAGCACAAGCACUGGCUGCUACAGCUCCGCCCACGCCGGGCCCUAAUUCCGGGGCAGGCAUUACCAGGCCCAAAUCGACGCCGCACCUGCCCCGUAACAAACAGGGGUUUGAUACCGCUGCUGCCGAGGAGGGGCUUGGCGUCCAGGCGAAUGUCGCGGGGCAGGGGCCGCCGGCGACGACAGGUGGCAGAAGGGCGAGCGAUUCGGGCAGGAGGCAUUUUGAUCCUUCAAGGGACCCCCGCUUGCUUGGGCUCAUCUAG